GGUGGCUGGACCGCUCCGGGAGUCUGAGGUUCGGGAGGUUCCUCCGCCCCCUCUGGACAUCGACGGGGCCCCGGCGUCCAGUAAGGCCCCUGUUCGAGCCUUACUGGACUCGAGGCGUCGGGCGAGGGGCCUUCAGUACCUCAUGGAGUGGGAGGGGUACGGUCCAAGAGAUGCUGGGUGCCGGUGGAGGACGUUUUGGACCCUUCGUUGCUACUGGAGUUCCACCGUCUCCAACCGGAUCGCCCUGCGCCUCGUCCUCCAGGUCGUCUCCGAGGUCGGUGUCGGCGCGCUGCUGGAGCUGCGCGUCGAGGGGAGGUACAGUAUGGACCCAGCGUAUCAUCACCCUGUUGUUUGAGGAUGAUUUCCCAGAGGAGGCUAACCAGACCACCUUUGUGAGGAUGCCCUGGCUGGAGAUCCUGGAGAAGGGGAAGACCUACACCGAGAGACCCUCUCCACGCCUCUUCUGCUCCCAUCUACACCAGCAACUUAUGCCCAAGGGCCUGCAGAAGAAGAGGGCCAAAGUAAUCUAUGUGACCAGGAACCCUAAAGACAUCCUGGUGUCCUACUUCCACUUCUCUAAGUUCAUGAAGAAUCUGGACAGUCCAGAACACUAUGACGAGAUGCUGGACAAGUUCUUCUGUGGAUGGAUGCUUGGUGGCUGCUGGUUUGACCAUGUCAGAGGAUGGUACAACAACCAGGACAAAUACAACAUCCUGUUCCUCAGCUAUGAAGAGAUGAUCAAGGACCUGAGAUCGGUGGUAGAGCGUCUGGCUGAGUUUGUCGGGAAGAGCCUAUCUGAUGCAGCUAUAGACAGCAUAGUGGAGAAAGUCACCUUCAACAACAUGAAGAAAGAUGACAAGGCCAACUAUGAGUUCUUGACUGAGAUCGGCAAUGACAAGAAGAAGGGAAAGUUCCUACGCAAAGGUACCAUAGGAGACUGGAAGAACUCAUUGACGGUGGCCCAGAGUGAACACUUUGACCAGAUCUAUCAGGAGAGGAUGAAGGACCUGUCUCUCAACUUCGUCUGGGACAUCACAGAGCUUCAAGGCUGAUACAGACACAUAUGCAUGCGCACACAGUGGCGGUUCUAGUUUGUAUGGCUCCUUGGGCUUAACCGUCCCUUCAGCACCCCCCCCCC